CGAAGUACGGCGGACAAGAGAUGACGUUGAUUCUACUGGCUGUUCUCUCCAACAUCUACACCGGGAUGUUCAACUUCGUGAAGUCGAAGUUCCCGUUUGUGAUCGAGGCAGCCAUGGUUACUCUGUGCUUCGGUUCCAUCGUGGGUCGAUUCUGCAUAAUGACUUAAAAGAAAACUCAGAAGACCCAGGAUUGUGUGAAUAGAAGGAACUAUAUUUUAAUAUGGAUUUGUCUUGUGGAUUUGUGUGAAUACAAACUAAUGGCUUAAAAACUAAA